UCAGCCUCCGCCGCCCGCGGGGGUCCCUGCCGGCUGGCAGCAGGUUCCGCAGUCGCGCGUCGGGCGGCUGCGCACACUCCAGAGUGCCCGCAACAAAGCGGUUCUGGGGGAGGUUGGGGCUGUUACCCGCGGCGGGGGCGCCCGCUAUUGCGCAGGCGCCUCAGGAAGAUCUCUGCCUCGCGCAGAGAUCGGGUCGGCCUCGUCCCCAGGGCCCACGAGCGCGGGGUUCCGCCAGUGCUGAGUUCCGCGCGCCGGCUGCAGCGGGAACCCUGAUUGCUCUCCUUCAACACGUUCAUUAUGAAGUUAUUAGUAAUACUUUUAUUUUCUGGACUUAUAACUUGUUGUGGAGGUAACUCUUCCCAUAGCCUGCCAUCCAAGCUGCUGCUGGUGUCCUUUGAUGGUUUCAGAGCUGACUAUCUACAGAACUAUGAAUUUCCUCAUCUCCAGAAUUUUAUCAAAGAAGGAGUCCUGGUAGAGCAUGUUAAAAAUGUUUUUAUCACAAAAACAUUUCCUAACCACUACAGCAUUGUGACGGGCUUGUAUGAAGAAAGUCAUGGCAUCGUGGCUAAUUCCAUGUAUGAUGUAAUCACAAAGAAACAUUUUUCUGACUUUGAUGACAAGGAUCCUUUUUGGUGGAAUGAGGCGGUACCUAUUUGGGUGACCAAUCAGCUUCAGGAAAACAGAUCAAGCGCCGCCGCCAUGUGGCCUGGUACUGAUGUACCCAUUCACAAUACCACACCUUCCUAUUUUAUGAAUUAUAGCUCUUCAGUGUCAUUUGAGGAGAGACUAAAUAAUAUUACCAUGUGGCUGAUGAAUUCGAACCCACCAGUUACUUUUGCAACACUCUACUGGGAAGAACCAGAUGCAAGUGGCCACAAAUAUGGACCUGAAGAUAAAGAAAACAUGUACAGAGUGUUGAAGGAAGUAGAUGACCUUAUUGGUGAGCUAGUCCACAAACUCAAGGUGCUAGGAUUGUGGGAAAAUCUCAAUGUGAUCAUUACCAGUGAUCAUGGGAUGACUCAGUGCUCUAAGGACAAACUGAUAAACCUGGAUCUCUGCAUUGAUCGCUCAAGCUACACUCUUGUAGAUCUGACUCCAGUUGCUGCUGUCCUUCCCAAAAUAAAUACAACAGAGGUUUAUAACAAACUGAAAGUCUGUAACCCUCACAUGACUGUUUAUCUCAAAGAAGACAUUCCUGCCAGAUUUCAUUACCAACAUAAUGAUCGAAUUCAGCCUAUUAUUUUGGUUGCUGAUGAAGGCUGGACAAUUGUGUUAAAUAAAUCAUUACCAAAAUUAGGUGACCAUGGUUAUGACAAUUCUUUGUCGAGUAUGCAUCCGUUUCUAGCUGCCCAUGGUCCAGCGUUUCACAAAGGCUACAAACACAGCACAAUUAACAGUGUGGAUAUUUAUCCAAUGAUGUGCCACAUCCUGGGAUUAAAACCACAUCCCAAUAACGGAACCUUUGGUCAUACUAAGUGUUUGUUAGUUGACCAGUGGUGCAUUAAUCUCCCGGAAGCCAUUGGAAUUGUGAUUGGUGCGCUCUUGGUCCUAACCACGCUAACAUGCCUGAUUAUAAUCAUGCAGAAUAGACUGUCUGUACCCCGUCCAUUUUCCCGACUUCAGCUGCAAGAGGACGACGACGAUCCUUUAAUUGAGUAGCAUGUGCUGGAUUUUAUAGAGUGUCUUUGAUCAGUCGCGAUACUGAGGACACAAUGGUAUUCUAACGAUGAAAAAUACACCUUGAGAGACAAAGAACUUAGACCAAGCAUGCUAGAAUUCUUUUGUUUUUCCUAGUGCUUUGUUUUACUGCAUCAGCUAAUACAUAAAACCCUGACCAUAGCAAAAAUUGCUAGUAAAUCAGUAGUUAACACCAACUAUUUCUCCAACUAGAAAACUUUUUGUAAGAAAAAUAAUGCCUCUGCCUUUUUUUUUUGCAAUGAAAAUUUGACACAUUUUUAAAUAAAAAUCUAUCAAAAUUUAGUAGGCAUGCUUUUCUAAUAAAUUUUUAUAUUUGUAACUGAAAUAACAGAAAUCUUUAUGCAAUUAGUGGAUUUUGUGUAUCAGGAAGGAAAAGUUUUCUAUAUUUUUAUAUUUAAUAACUUUAAUAGAGUUUGUAUCCAGGUAAACCUAUGACAUUGGAAGACCUCUGUGAAGGUUAAUAAAAUUGGUUAAGCAGGCAGAACAGAUCUAGCAUAUGAAGAAAUUAUUUUAAGAAAAGCUAUUAUAAGAAAAACAACAAAAACCAUGUGAUACAAAGCUUGAGUCUUUACCAUUGUCUUUAAGAUUCCUAAGCUGUUGAAGCCAGGAAAGAUAUCUUUCAAAGACUGUUGCUAUAAGAAAUUAAGAAAAUGGAAAGAAUUACUUUUCUCUGUCUAUGCUUAAUGCUGUUGUGUAAGUUAUUCGUGUGUGUGUAAGUGUGUUUGCAUAUAUGAAUGUGUAGACUUCCUGUGACUGACUGAAGCGGUCAGAGCAGCUGGUCUGUGGGCUGACUUCCACAUUCCCACGGAACGUGGCUCUCAGCAAAGGGUAUAUUUGCACUUCAUAUUUGUUUACUUUCUUAUGACUCACAAGCUAAAGUCAUAACUUAAGAAAGUUCCUUAGUUUUUGCCACCAUGUUUUACUUUCUCAUGUUGUUUAUUGUAGCCAGAGGUAUCCAAGCACUGUAAAAAAAAAAAAAAAAA